AUGUCAACCGAACACAACGAUGUCUCUCAGCACAACGACUCUCAAUCCGACAAUGAGAAAGCCGCAAAGAGAGGCUAUGGCUGGCGCUUCUGGGCAAUAUUCCCUGGUAUGAUGAUUGGCGGGCUUUUAAGCGCACUCGAUACGACCAUCCUGUCGACCGUCCUUCCCACUAUCUCCCACGUGCUCGACUCGCAACUGCUGUAUGUCUGGGCCGUCAACGGCUACUUCGUGAGUCAAACCGCCGUUCAGCCUUUGUACGGCCAGGUUGCCAAUAUCUUCGGUCGACGGUGGCCCAUGAUCAUCUCGGUGGCUCUGUUUGCCCUGGGGAGCGGCCUCUGUGGCGGAGCCAACAGCACCUCGAUGCUGAUUGCAGCUCGUGUCGUGCAAGGUCUGGGCGGUGGUGGCAUGAACGUGAUGAUCGAGAUUAUCGUUGCCGACCUGGUCCCACUGCGAGAGCGCCAGCAGAUUAUGGGGAUCAUCUUUACUGCCUUCUCUGUGGGAACCAUGAUCGGACCCGUCGUAGGCGGAGCCAUCGUCGACCAUACCUCGUGGCGCUGGGUAUUCUACAUCAAUCUGCCACUGUGCGGCGUGACGCUGUUGCUCAUGAUUCUUUUCCUGCACGUCCGCUACGACCGCGAAGCCACCGUUUGGUCCAAGUUGAAGCGUGUCGACUUCGUGGGCAACACGAUCCUGAUCGCCUCGGUCAUCGCCAUCCUCCUGUCGCUGACAUGGGCCGGCACCCUGCACCCCUGGAAAUCCUGGCGGACCCUGGUACCUCUGCUGCUCGGAUUCGUAGGACUUGUCGCCUUCAUGUACUUUCAGGCUAGCAGGUGGUGUCUGGAACCCACGAUGCCACUACGGCUAUUCACGAACCGCACGGCAGCACUCACCUACAUCCUGAGCUUCCUGCACGGGAUCAUCCUGUACUGGGUCAGCAUGUUCCUACCCGUCUACUUCCAGUCCAUUCUGGAAGCCACGCCUGAAAAAUCUGGGAUCGAUCUCUUCGCCAGCGUCAUCCCCAUGGUUCCCUUUGCCAUCAUCGGCGGCGUCCUCAUCACAGUCACGGGGAAAUAUAAACCACUGCUUAUUGUUGGAUUCGCGCUGAUGACCAUCGGCAUGGGCCUAUUCACCAUGCUGGAUGACAAGACCAACACCGUGCGUUGGGUCGUCUACCAAGUCAUCCUGGCCAUCGGCUCGGGCAUCGCUCUCAUCGCGACUCUCCCAGCUAUUCUCGCCAGUCUACCCGAGUCCGACGUGGCCACCGCCACCGCUACAUGGGGCUUCCUGCGCAGCUUCGGGUCCAUCUGGGGCGUAUCUAUCCCAUCUGCGAUUUUCAAUACGCGAUUCACCGACCUGGUGGGUCGAAUUGAUGAUCCGCAAUUGCAGACGAUGUUGGUCGAUGGGGGUGCGUAUCAGCUGGCUACUAAGUCGUUUAUGCAGUCGCUGAAUCAAACCCCGGUGGUCAAGGCGCAGGUGGUUAGCGUCUACGUGGACAGUUUGAAGCUCGUGUGGCAAGUGGGAAUUGCUUUUGCGGCGGUGGGAGUGCCGCUGUGUUUCUUUGUGAGGAGUCUGACCCUGCGGAAUGAGUUGAAUACUGAAUAUGGGUUUGAGGAGAAGAAGGAGGAGGCGCUUAAUACUAAGGUUUGA